AUGUCGGACACACGGGAGAAGGCUGCAGACCGGACGGUAUUCGUGGGAAAUUUAGAGACUAGGGUGCGAGAGGAGAUUCUCUAUGAACUGUUCCUGCAGGCUGGACCAUUAACCAAAGUGACCAUAUGUAAGGACAAAGAAGGAAGACCCAAACCUUUUGGAUUUGUCUGUUUUAAACAUCAAGAAUCAGUAUCCUAUGCUAUAGCUUUGUUAAAUGGAAUUCGUUUAUAUGGUAGACCAAUUAAUGUGCAGUAUAGAUUUGGGAGUUCCCAUUCAGCUGAGUUGAAUAACCAAGUUGCUGAGAACUAUAUUAAUACAAAUUCACAAAUAUGCAGAAAUGAAGACUUUUUGUCAAGAUCAUUUCCCAUACAAACCUUAACGGCAAAUGAUGGUAGCUUUACUCAGGAACUUGGCUCUCAGAGUAUGCAAUAUCCUAUGUAUAAUCUGAUGGUACAACCUUCAAAAUGCCAGAUGACACCACCACUAGCCUCAAGCUUUUCUGUAUUAUCCAUGCCAAAUCCUCUUUCAGAUUUGGAUGCUAGAUCAAGUUCUUUUGAGUUUGCUCACCAGCCAAGUGACUGGGACUUUUACCCAGUGAAUAAAAGAAAAUGGCAGCCAGAAACUAGUGAUAGUAGCACAGAAGAUGACAUAGGAAAUGUAAGAGAAUAUAACAAAAAAUAUAGAAGGUAUAAGAAGAGAAAAAGAAAUUAA